CUCCGGGAAGGCAACGUGGAUUUGAACCAUCCUUGCAUCUAUGUGAAUGGGAACCAUCCGCACCGUGCAGGAGUGAUGGAGAUUCUGCCUUCAUAGUUACUGGAACUUAUUUCUCAUCUUUACAAGGUGGACACUAACCGCGUGCGUCUGUUUUGGAUUUUGCUUUUCCUUUUUUUUCUUUCUGGGACCCAAGCCCGACCGGGGAUCUGGGUUCUUUUUGGGGAGAGGAGAGGUUAUUUUACCCCUCUCCCUCCGCACCGUCCUCCAGACUCGUCACCCCGUAGGCUUUUUACUUCAUUUUUAUUUGACAGUUGGAUUCUGUGUAGGUUUUAAAAAAUCUGACACCAGCAGGAUUUGCGGGUGCCUGUCCCAGUGGUUUGUCGGGCUUAUCGGGACUGGAGCAGGACAGCAUGGAGCUGGUACUGGUUGGAUGUACUGGUGAUGUUUGGGAGGUUCUGGUGCUGAGGAGGAGAACGGGAGGACCCUACCUGCUGCUGCUCUGCCUGCUGCUGGCUGCCUACUCCACAGCCCACGCCUCAGAUGCCUCUUUAGCCUCCUCCUCCUCCUCAGCCAGUGUUGGAGGUUUUGUGGACUUUACGUUCACCCAAGAGCCCCAGGACACAGUGACAGUGCGAGGGGGCAUGCUGCAGCUCGACUGCCAGGCACAGUCCGACCCAUUGGCAGGACCUACCACCAUCACGUGGCGUAAGGAUGGUGUGCUGCUAAAUGCUGUGGUAGAUGAGCGGAGGCAGCAACUGACUAAUGGGUCGCUGCUGGUGCAGAACGUAAUGCAUUCCCGGCAUCACCGACCUGACGAGGGAGAAUACCAAUGUCUUGCCACUCUGGAUGGACUGGGGAGCAUUGUGAGCCGGACUGCCAGGGUGACUGUGGCUGGUCCGCUGAAAGUGGUUGUCCCCACCGAGUCUGUCUCCUCGCACCUUGGUGACACUGCCCUGCUGCGCUGCGAGGUCUCGGGUGAUCCAUCACCCAUAAUCCGCUGGCAAAAGAACCGGGAUGAUCUCCCGCUGACCUUUGACCCUGACUCCCGUCUAGCAGUGCUGCCAUCCGGCUCGCUGCAGGUCACUCGGGUCCAGCCGCCGGACUCAGCCACAUACCGCUGUCUGGCGGACAACCCUGGUAGCACUAGGACAGGGACAGACGCUGAGCUCCGAGUCCUCCCAGAACCCGGGGUGAGCAGGAGCCUCCAGUUCCUCCAGCGUCCAUCCAGAGUAACAGCUCUGCUGGGUACCGAUGCCGUGCUGGAAUGUGCUGCCUCUGGAUACCCAACUCCAAGCAUCCAGUGGAGGAGAGGAGAAGAACUGAUCCAGAGCUGGAAUAAGAAGUACUCUUUGCUGGCUGGCAGUAAUCUGAUCAUCAGGAGUGUCACUGAUGAUGACUCUGGCAGUUACAGUUGCACAGCCUUCAACAAGAACCACAACAUCACUGCACAUGCAGAGCUCAGUGUGCUGGUGCCUCCCCAGUUCCUGAACUACCCGACCAACACGUAUGCCUACGAGUCCACUGACAUCGAGCUGGAGUGUGCCGUGACAGGAAACCCUGCACCGACAGUCCGCUGGAUGAAGAACGGAGAGGAAGUCAUCCCUAGUGACUACUUCCAGAUAGUGGAUGGCAGUAAUCUGCAGAUUUUGGGUUUGGUGAAGUCAGAUGAAGGGUUUUAUCAGUGUGUUGCUGAAAACUCAGCCGGCAGCUCACAGGCGAUGGCUCAGCUUAUAGUGGCCAAACCUUUGUCCCCCAGCCCAGGCGUUGCCCUCCCUUCUGCCCCUCGCGACCUGGUCCCUGUCCUAGUGUCCAGUCGAUUUGUUCGACUCAGCUGGCGCCCCCCAGAGGAGACCGGAGGAGCGGUGCAGACCUAUGGCAUUUAUUACUCCCAAGACGGCGUGGAGAGGGAGCGGUCAGUGAACGUGUCAGAGCCCGAGUCUUUGGAGCUGACAGUCUCCAACCUGAAACCGGAGGAGAGGUACAGCUUCAGAGUCGUCGCUUACAAUGACGUGGGACCAGGAGAGAGCUCCACUUCCCUGAGGAUCACCACCAAACCUGACCUGCAGGUUCCCAACAGGGUGGAGUCCGUCCGAGCUGAGGCUUUGUCUCCCACCUCUGUCCAGGUGAGCUGGGAGGCUCCCAGCCAACCAAACGGCCCCAUCCUGGGCUAUAGACUGCUGUGGACUGAGAGCCCUUCUGGCAAGGAGCAGAAUGUAGAGGUGAACGGACUGAACUACAAGAUGGAGGGACUCAAUAAGUUCACAGAGUACACAGUCCAGGUGUUAGCAAUCAAUCGCUAUGGACCGAGUGCUGCGUCAGAGGCUGUUGGCGUCAGUACCCAAUCAGACAUACCCAGUGCUCCUCCUCAGAACAUCACCCUAGAGGUUGUCCUGUCCCGGAGCAUCAAGGUGUCAUGGCAGCCACCUCCACACAACACCCAGAAUGGCAUCAUCACAGCAUACAAGAUAAAAUACAGGAAGACAGGUCGGCGUGGAGACCAAGAGGCCAUCGAACCCAACAACUUCUGGUACCUGUUCACAGGUCUGGAGAAGGGCAGUCAGUACAGUUUCCAGGUAGCAGCCAUGACAACCAAUGGAACAGGUCCGGCUAGUGACUGGUACACCGCUGAGACACCGGAGAACGACCUGGAUGAGAGUCAGGUGCCCCACCAGCCCAGCUCUCUGCAUGUCAGGCCUCUGCCCAACAGCAUCAUUAUGUCCUGGACUCCACCCCUGAGCCCCAACAUCCUGGUUCGUGGUUACAUCAUUGGCUACGGCGUGGGAAGUCCCUACUCUGAGACUGUCAGGGUAGACAGCAAGCAGAGAUACUACUCCAUUGAAAACCUUGAGCCAAGCUCGCACUAUGUGAUUUCCUUGAAGGCCUUCAAUAAUGCCGGAGAGGGGGUUCCUCUGUAUGAGAGUGCCGUCACUCGAUCACUGACAGACCCCAUAGACCCAUCUGAGGAUGACCUCUUCCAUCUCUUUGAUAAAUACCCCACUCCCAUGCCAGACACCAGCACUCCUAUGAUCCCCCCGGUGGGGGUCCAAGCUGUGGCCCUGUCCUCGGACUCAGUCCGUGUCUCCUGGGCUGACAAUUCGAUGACCAAGAACCAGAAGGCAUCUGAGGUCCGGUACUACUCUGUAAAGUGGAAGACCAGUUACUCCACCAGUGGAAAGUACAAGUCUGCAGACACCACAGCGCUGAGCCACACUGUCACUGGCCUCAAGCCAAACACCAUGUAUGAGUUUGCUGUCAUGGUAACCAAAGGACGCAAAUCCAGCACCUGGAGUAUGACCGCACACGCCACAACGUAUGAAGCAGCUCCUAGCUCUGCCCCCAAAGAUUUGACAGUGAUCAGUCGUGAGGGACGACCCCGCGCCAUUUUAAUCAGCUGGCAACCACCAAUGGAGGCUAAUGGACGGAUCACAGGUUACAUCCUCUACUACACGCUGGAUAAGAACAUGCCCAUAGAUGACUGGGUGAUGGAGGCGAUCAGUGGCGACCGGCUGACCCACCAGGUGGCUAAUCUGAACCUUGACACCGUUUAUUACUUCAGGAUUCAGGCCAAGAAUGCCAAAGGAGUGGGCCCGCUGUCUGAGCCUGUCCACUUCAGGACUGCCAAAGUGGAGCAUCCUGAUAAGAUGGCCAAUGAUCAAGGUCGAGGUGGGGACCAUGCCUUCUGGCCGUCUGACACCAACCUGAUUGACAGGAGCAGCAUCAAUGAGUCUCCCAUUGGUCAGAUGCAUCCACCUUAUGGCAGUGCCACGCCUCAAAAGAACAGCAACCUCCUGGUCAUCAUCGUAGUGUCCGUGGGAGCCGUUACUGUGGUCGUGGUCGUGGUUGUGGCUCUCAUCUGCACCCGGCGCUCCUCAGCCCAGCAGAGGAAGAAGAGAGCAAGCCACAGUGCCAGUAAGAGGAAGGGCAGCCAGAAGGACCUGCGACCUCCUGACCUCUGGAUCCAUCAUGAAGAGAUGGAGAUGAAGAACAUGGAGAAAGCUCCUAGUGUCACCCCAUCAGGACGCAAUUCACCCAUCCAGUCAUGCCAGGACCUCCUCCAGGUGGCACACAGCCAAUCAGAGAGCCAGAUUGGCAGCAAAAACAGCCACUCAGGAGCAGAUGCUGAUGAGGUGUCCAGCAGUAUCUCCACUCUGGAGCGCUCCCUGGCAGCCAGGAGGGGAACACGAAGCAAAAUGAUGAUUCCUAUGGACUCACAACCAAGCAACACACCGGUGGUCAGUGCUAUCCCAGUGCCAGCUCUGGACUCCUCUCAGUAUCCUGGGAUUCUCCCUUCACCUUCCUGCAGCUUCACACACAACAAGUUCAGCCUAAGACCAAUGCCUUUCCCCAGCCUGACCAUGGACAGAGGAUACACACCAGCAAUGCCCUCAGAUUCCUCCAACAAUCCUCUCCUCCAGCAGCAGCCUCCACCACAGCAGGCCCCUCCCCUCCUCCCCACUGCCACCGCUCCUCCCGGGGAGCAUGUUCCCAGCGUUGGCCCAGUCCCAGGCGCUCCUGCUACUGCAGCAGCUGCCGCUGAGGAGGCCCAGGCAGGGAAUGGUCGGACCAUCCCAACUGCCUGUGUGCGGCCCACACACCCGCUACGAAGCUUCACCAAUCCACUGCUGCCACCGCCCAUGGGAACUAUCGACCCCAAAGUGUACACCUCCAUGAUGCCACAGUCCAGUGCAAGCCUCCCGAAGCCCCAGGUGAAGACAGCCUCUUUGGGUCAGGCCGGUAAGGCUCGGUCCCCUUUGCUGCCCGUCUCGGUCCCUACAGCACCGGACUUACCAGAGGAAGGAGGAACGAAACCCCCUGAAGAUUCAGCUGCCAACGUUUAUGAGCAGGAUGACCUGUCAGAGCAGAUGGCCAGUCUAGAAGGUCUGAUGAAGCAGCUCAAUGCCAUUACCGGCUCCGCCUUCUAACCUGACCCCAGCCCGGCCCAGCCCUCAGCCACGGGCCAGUCUGAAACCUUUCUUCAAGUCUUGAUGUCACCUGCUUUUCAUUCGCUAAGAGCGGCAACAGGUCAAUCUAGGUUUGAAGAUGCAUCUGUAGAACUCCUGUCUGUGCUGGGUCGAGACUGUUUGGGUUCUGCUGGUCUUGGCUAGUAUCUACUCUUUUGGACCAGGACAGUAUACAAGGGAAUUAAACACUACAGCAGCACAGCAUUAACUCCAAGAACAGGACAAGGGUUUAGGGGCUUCUGUAGGAGGUCAAACUGAAACCCGUCUAGACCCUUCAACCUCAAAAACAAAACUAGAAAAACCCAAUGCCGAGCAGCUUGACCUGAUGAAGCAGGGGGAAGGGAUUAUCACAGAAAAGACAGCAUUAUAAAAUCCCUCCUGUUUCUCUUAUUCAUGGUAUUAUUAGCAUCCACCUCCGCUGAGUUCUCCACAACUCAGUUACUGUGACUGUACCUCACUUAUUUUUCAUGAUCGCAGAUGGAAGUAUUCCUUUUGUCUCUUUUUUUUUUUUGACAGGGUAGGAACUUUGUGCAGUAACAGGAUGUGUAUAUGGUUUGAAAAGGCUACCAGAACCUACAGUAUGAAAUAGGAAACACAUCCUCAGCCACCAAAGUUUCACUAAAACAUUAUUUUCCUUCCCGGGAUUGGAGGAUGACUUUUGCAGUGACACGAGGUGAUCCUCUUAUUGCAUAUCUAAUUUUCCUCAGUAUCCUUCUUUUUGAAACAAAACAAUAUGAUUUCAAUGAACCAGCCAUCACUCAUAACCCAUGCUGCCCCUCCACCUCUGGAUCCUGAGGUUUAACAUAAGAUAAAGUGAUAAAAAAAAAGUGAUUUUGGCCAGAGAGAAGCAAGUAUGAGACCGGUUUGAACCAUCUGGAUCUGGAUCCAGCUGAAUCUACUCUACAGGACCAUAUAGAAACCUCUCUAGACUUCCACAGGCUGUUGCUGUUCUUAACCAAGCCUUUACUCUCCCAAACCCAGACAAACUCCAGUCCUUACCUACGAGGACUUGUGUCGUUGCCAAAUCUCAUCUUGGAAAGCUUACUGUAACUUUCAUUGCUGUUGCUCCUUGUUCAAGUCUCUCUCUCUCUGUCCCAAACAUGGACUGGAAGUCAAUGAGCUGAUGAUCUCUAUGGGACUAAUGUUAGAGGAAGCCUGGAUUUGGAUUGGUAGGUGAUUGGUCCUUUUUUCACAAUUUGUCACAUUCCACUAUGUGUACAUCACAUUCAGUACAUUCUCACUCCUGGUUUGGUGGAGUACUGAAAAUUGACAAAAGGCAGUGUUGGCUUUUGGGAUACCUCUUCACUGAGAUGAGGUUAAAGUAAAAAAAAAAAAAUUUACCCCACCAAAACACACACAAGACGCAAAAGACAGAAGUUUAUCUUAAUAGAUAACUAAAGUGCAGUCUUGAUCAAGGUCUCAAUUUUAAAAUUACUAAAUGCAUCAUCUUGUUUUCCUAAAGAAAGUGAGUGUGUUACUUUGAUACAAAAAGAUCAUGAAGACAGGAUCUUGAAGAAACUGGAUCUAACAUAGGGUAUCCUGUAUUUAAAUAGCAAAUAUUGCUGGAUUCUCUUUACAUAAAAAACACCCCUUUAGAAAUGGAUUACAGUUUAGCAGACCAGGGACCCAAGGCUUUAAGGGUGACUUCAGUUUCAUGAAUCAAUGAAAAGACGGAGACACACAAAACAACCACAAGGAGAAGCAAAACAGCUGCAAAGAGACACAAAAUGACUACAGAGAGACUCAAAAUGAGUAUAGAGAGACUCCAUAGGACUACACAGGCACAAAACAGCCAGAGAGAGUGUAGUCUGGGGGAUCCUAUGUAGGAGCGGUAGGAGGGAGCCUUUUCCAUGUUUGUGCUCAGGAGCCUGGGGUGUCAUAAUCCAUCCAUCACCCCCCGUCACUCCAAUCAAAUGAAAUGGGAAUGAAUGGAAAAUUUGGCAUUAAUGUGAUAGAACAGUCAGCUCUCAAGUAGAUGUUACAACAACAGGAUUAAGAAUUGUUAUUUUUAUUAUUAUCAUUAUUAUUGAGAUUAGAAAUGAUAGUGAGGCAGCCGAUUAUGAUAUCUCUGUUUUUUAACUGCACCGUUUCAGUUUGUGUUAGACUCAAGGUGAGUGUGCUGUAUUCAGGCCUGCUUGUGAUGAAUCCAUAUUUAUUUUUCAUGAGAUAAACACACAUGUACCUCUGUCAGACAUAAAAGCCCACAUGGGUAAACUGCAAAAUCGCCAGCUUCACUUUGAGUUUACAUCAGGUGGUUCAGUUUUUAUACAAAAAUAUGAAAAAAAAUAGAUGCAAUAAACAACACAAAGAAUGCAUUAUCAACAAAGUAUAUUUUUACAUUUGCUGUCCUGUCAGAUUUUUUUUUAAUGAACAGCCUUUGAACUGGUAUACAGAUUGUUUUCCAUGUCAUUCUUAGUUUUAUUACAAGCAGACUUUUAAAAGUGGAAUGAAGGACUUGAACCUGUGAGGUAUUUGGUUCCAGGGUGACCUCUGUAAGAUGAGGUCAAUCAGGACAACGAUGUGGAGAGCAACUGCCUUUCAGCUUUUUAAAACAAUUUGAUUUGUAUUGACAGUGGGAAAGAAAAAAAAAUCUAAAUUUCUUUUUUGUUACACUUUAUGAAAGCGUUUGCUGCUUUCUGAUAGAAAAUACAUUUGUGAAAUGCUGCAGUAACACAAAACUAGCUACACUGUAAAAGAAAUCAGUGGUUCUAGAUCAACAAAAAUGUUUGGGUUUUUUUGGACAAUUUAAGUGAUUGGGCGAAGAUCUCUUUUUAUAUUAGUGCUACGACUGUUUUGUCAAAAUAUGAACAGUUUUACAAAAUUCCUAAAUCAAGACAUAAUUUAGCAUAAGUGCUAUUACUUCCCUCAUUUUAAGGGGAAAAAACACUGCAGAAAGGUAGGAACUUAAAAUGAUUCAUUAAUGAAAUGAGGGAACAAAACAGGCCAUCUUUAUGCACCAUAUUUA